AUGUCGAAAAACAAGAAUCGAAAAAAGAAAGGAGCAGCAGCUUCCUCAACCAAAAAAGCACCUUCGACAUCACAUUCACUUUCAUUGAAGAAUCGUUCAUCAUCAAAGGCAGCUACAGGAUCUGUUAAUGGUGCUAAGGUUCGUUCACAAUCCACUGUCAAACGAUUACAAAUGUAUCGUGGUGGAAAACCCAAACGAGACCCAUCAGGACGAAUAACACAGGCAGCAGCGUUUCAAGAACGACUUCCAUCCGGUACUCAAGCACGUGUCGCACCAAAUCGUCAAUGGUUUAAUAAUAGCCGAGUAGUAACUCAAAAUUCUCUACAAAAAUUUCAAUCAGCUUUGUCAACUACACUUGCUGAUCCGUACCAAGUGGUAAUGAAACAAACACAAUUACCGGUGACAUUGUUAAAUGAAAAGGGCAAGCAAAAACGUGCUCAUAUUCUCGAUGUCGAAUCGUAUGGAACAACAUUUGGACCAAAAGCACAACGAAAACGACCAGCAAAUGUCACCGGCGGUGAUGAUAUGGAGGCAUUGAUGGCUCAUGUUGAACGAACGCAAAGUGAAUACAAUCAGGAUAAAGAUCUUGAUCUAAUGCGUGAAGAUGACGGUGUAAAACAAGAAACAAUGAAUCCGUUGUUCAGAGCUGGACAAAGUAAACGUAUUUGGAAUGAACUUUACAAAGUUAUCGACUCAUCCGAUGUUGUCAUUCAAGUUCUCGAUGCACGAAAUCCUGAGGGUACUCGCUGUCGACAAGUUGAAUCUUAUUUGAAAAAAGAAAAAGCGUAUAAACAUUUGAUAUUCAUUCUAAACAAAUGUGAUUUGGUACCUGUUUGGGUGACACAAAGAUGGGUAGCUAUACUCUCUCGUUCACAUCCAACACUUGCCUUUCAUGCUAACAUGAGAAAAUCAUUUGGUAAACAAGCAUUAAUCCAAUUACUGAGACAAUUUUCUCGAUUACAUCAAGACAAAAAACAAAUUUCAGUGGGCUUUAUCGGAUAUCCAAAUGUGGGUAAAUCAUCUGUUAUCAAUACCUUACGUUCGCAAAAGGUAUGUAAUGUUGCUCCAAUUGCUGGUGAAACGAAAGUUUGGCAAUACAUAACCUUGAUGAAACGCAUUUUUCUUAUCGAUUGUCCCGGAAUUGUCUAUCCAGCCGAAGAUUCCGAAACCGAUAUCGUCCUAAAAGGGGUUGUCCGAGUUGAAAAUGUACCGCAUCCGGAACAAUACAUUGAUGAAUUAUUACAACGUGUUAAACGCGAAUAUAUCUUGAAAACUUAUUCAAUUGAUGAUUAUUCCACAACUGAAGAUUUUCUAGAAAAAUUAGCAAGAAAAACCGGCAAAUUGUUGAAAGGAGCUGAGCCCGAUCUCCAAACAGUGGCCAAGAUGGUUCUGAACGAUUUUCAACGUGGAAAAUUGCCGCAUUAUGUUUCACCACCAGAAGAUCCUGAGAAACAAGAAACCGAAGAAAAAUAA